AUGCCAGCUUUCGAACGUCUUCCACCUUCCCGGCAAGAAUCCCUCUUGGAGCCUUAUGGAUAUGCGGGCGAAUUAUCCAAGCACUUUGUCGAGUUUGAGAUAGGAAAGAGCUGGGAGGAACUACCGGAACUGCACCGCAAAGUGUUCGCCAUCUACGCAGCCAACACCUUUGGUGGAUUCGUGUUUUUCCUUGGCUAUCGACUCAAUCAUUCGUGCAUUCCAAACCUUAACUUCGCGUACAAUCCGAUACUCAAAGAAGAGAUGUUCCAUAUCAUACGCGACAUCAUGGCAGGCGAGCAGCUUACAGUCAUGUAUAUCGAGGGAACCAAUCGUACUCGGAGGCAGCGCUAG